AUUAUAAGUCUUAGUUUUAUGAGAAAUGUAAGUGUUUUUUUACGAGCAUAUUCCAGGAUAAAUUUUAGAAUGAGUUUCUAAAUUAUUAAAGACGAAAAUACAAACUCAAAUUCAUCCUUUAAAAUACAAUAAUUUCACGAGAACAGCACAAUAUUAGUAGAAUAAUGAGAAGUUAUUUUUACUGGCAUAAAUCUGUAACUUUACGAGAACAAAGGUGUCAGUUUAUGUGAAAAAUGUCAAAAUAAUCCAUCCAUAUUUUGUACUGCUUAUCCUCACACGAAUUGCGGGCGUGUCGGAGACUAUCACAGCUAUCUUCGGGCAGGAAAGCGGGGGUUCACCCUGAAUUGGUUGCCAGCCAAUUGAAGGAGACGUAUAAACAACCACACACAUUCCUACCUAUUGGCAAUUUAGUCUUCAAUCAACCUAGCACUAAUGUCUUUGCCAUAUGGGAGGAAACCGUAGUACCCAGAGAAAACCCAUGCAGGCACAGUGAAGACAUACAAACUCCAACCGGCCAAGGCUGGGAUUUGAACCCCAGUCCUCAAAACUGUGAGGCAGGUGUGCUAGCCAGUUGGUCAACGUUCCCGCGGUGGAAUACCGGAAUGGCAGGCUAAUGCUUAGCAUUGCUGUUGUGGUUUUAGAAGCAAUGAAUGUGAACACAAACAGCAGAGCAACACAUGUAGACCUACAGUAUCACAACGCUCACAGGUACAUGCUCUUUAUCUUUUGGGAAAAUUUAUGAAAUUAUAGCACCUCACUAAUUCAGUUGUGAAAUGUCUCCAUGUGUCUGUCUUAUACUGCCCCCAGGUGGCCAGGGUGUGCAGAGCAGAAGGAUCUGCACAAUGUUCAUUGUAUUAAAGCAAAAAUAUGGCAUGAAACAAAGUAAACUCAUAGCCGAAAGAGCUACUAUAUUUUAUUUGUUAUGCGUACAUCUCAUAGCUGUUGCUCAUUCCCAAAUAUUGAAAUUAUCUUUUCAAGAUAACGAGAAGGAAGUAUAAAAAUACAUAUACCCGGCGUAUAACCUUCCCAAGAAAACAGAACAGGAAUGAACAAAAAUAGCAAUUGUGUAAUAAGAAUUGUGUGUACAGUAACUCUGGUCUGGCACCUCAGUAAACUGCAGCCCUUCCCAUUCCCUUGAAAGGAGCCCCCCGUCCUCUAAACAUGGACAUGCGCUUUCCCAGGAUUCCAAAGAAUGUCCCAGCCUCUCACCAGCCCACCGUCACGGGCCGCCCUCCUCGCAAGCAUCAAGAUCUUUUAUUAAGUAUGUCCAGACGGAAGGUAAGAGGUCUGACUCGGAUGGGGCGGCAGGUGAGCGAGGACCCGGACUUGGACACCCUGCUGUCCACGCUCUCCCCGGAGGAGAUGGAAGAGCUGGAGAAGGACAUGAUGAAGGUGCCCGACGUCAACCCGGGGGACGGAGAGGUUGCCGUUCAAAGCCAGCGCGCCAGGGGCAACGAUCGGUGCCAGGACGCCAAAAGCUGCCGAGAGGAGGGCUCGAUCCAGGUCAAACAAAAGAAUGAAAGCCAGAAGCGUGAUAACCCGAGGCAGACGAGCCAAAGCCAGGAGGGCAAUGAAGACGCAGGACUCCAAAGACGAGGAGAAAACGAGGGCAAAGAUGAUGAGGGGAAAGUUCCAGAAUCCUUAAAGGAGGAACAAAGUCAGCUUUCCAGUGACCUGAAGGAUAGUUGCAAGGAGAAAAAAGUAUGUGAGGACAGCAGGAUGAGAGACAAGAAGCAAAACCGCGAGAGCAAAACGAGGGACGUGAUCAACAAGCUGCAGGAGGAGAAGAAGAAGGAGGACAUCCGUAGGGAAGAUUGCAGGAGGAGGGACGACACCAAGACCAAGGACAUCAUCUCCAGGCUCCGGGAGAAGAGCGAGAAAGAAGGCACCAAGGAGCGGGUGCGGCGAUCCGACAGCUUCAGGACGCAGGGGCUGGUCUCCAGGAUGCUGGAGAAGCAGAACAAAUCCCAGGAGAACCCGGUUCCCGUGGAGAAGAACCUUCAGGAUGACGAUAAGAACAAGAAGAUUGCUCGACGAGUGGAACGACAAGCCUCUCAGAGGGAGGAGGGAAUGAGAAGAGAGGAAGAGCUGCUCCACCACAGCGAUCACCUAAAAGAGAAGGAAGCAGAAGAGGAGAAAGUGGACAACCAAGAAAAACUUAGCAACUGCGUGGCCCCGACCGCCAAAACAAAAGAAGAAGAGGCCGCCGAUGAAGACUCGAGCAUGUUCGACGAGCUCCUGGAGCAGGUCCGUGGCGAUGACCCGUCCUUGGUGGAGCUCAACGUCAAUAACUCGGAGGUGAUCAAGACCAAGACGCUCAUUGAGCUGGCCGAGGCGCUGCGGAACAACACUCAUGUCAGAAAAGUGGCGCUGGCCAAUUGCCGGGCCGACGACCACGUGGCGUACGCUGUCGCCGGAACGCUGCGCCACAACGCCACCAUCACCAGCAUCAACCUGGACUCCAACCAUCUCACCGGCAAAGGCAUCUUGUCCCUCAUCCAGGCGCUGCGCUACAACGCCACCCUCACAGAGCUGCGCUUCCAGAACCAACGGCACAUCUGCGGCGGCAAGACGGAGAUGGAGAUGAUCAAGGUGCUGAAGGAGAACACCACCCUGCUCAAACUGGGCUACCACUUCGAGUUGGCCGGGCCCAGGAUGACCACCACUAACAUCCUGAGUCGUAACAUGGACCGCCAGCGGCAGAGGCGCUUGCAAGAGCAGAAGCAGGCCCAGGCCGCAAACGGAACCGAUAAAAAGGAUGUUCUGGAGGUGCCCAAGAUGGGUGGCGGAGGGUCCCUGAGAAAUUCCUCAACAUGGAGCUCUCCAAAGGCGUCCCCCAAACCGUCGCCGAUGCCGUCGCCGAUGCCUUCGCCCAAGUUGAGCCCCAAGAGGGGAGCAGGGGCCCCUCCGCCGCCGCCCCCGCCCGGUGGGGGGCCUCCGCCUCCUCCGCCUCCCAUGCUGGAAGUGGACUCCCUGAGGAACUCUUUGACACCAGUGUCACGAAGGAGUCUGGACGGGAAGAGCCGAGGAGGUGCAAAGAACUCCAGGGACCAGCUGCUCGCCUCCAUCAGGGGGAGCAACAUCCAACAACUCAAGAAGGUCCCCGUGCCCAAGUGGCUGCAGUGACUUUUCCCCCCCGCUGGUGUCUGGAACUUAAGAACGUGGGAGAACGGACAUCUCACCGCAAGCAGAUAAACACUCCCAGGGGGCCGGGGCCCGUCUCGGGGGAAAGACCACCAGGCCGCUUUAUUACCCUGAGUCCUCCCCACGGAACACUGGACCAAAAAGGAACCCUUUAGAGAACGGGUGCCAUUUUGUGGUCGUGGCUUCCUAUCGCUCUUCGCUGGUCAAUUGUUAUUUGCACUAAUUGGUACUAUAUGAAGUCCAUAAAACAACAUAUUGGCUCGCGUGUGAAUAUGAGUGCCUGAGAAAACAACUAAAGCAGGGUACACACAUACUGACUGACAGUGCCUCCCAAACUAGAUUCAUGUUGUAGUACCAAGACUGAACUGUGAGAGGCAGCAUGGUGGAAAAAAAAUAGUAGAAGAAGAUUUUAGUAGCUAUGCUGUUAGUUUAUCUAUUAAAGGGGAAAUCCAGUGGUUUGCAUGAACAAAGUCUCCAAUAGGUCAUGUAAUAUGUACUCUAUUUUGACUAUGUAAUGUUAAAUCAUCUCUCAUUUAAUAGUGUUUUGAGAAGAUUUUUAUCGACAAUUACGAAUUUUCAGGGGCACUGCCAUUUUCACGAGUCACGACCUCCGUGGGUGGAUGUGACGUGUCACGUGCUGUUCCAAAUGCUUGGUUACAAGCGACACCAUUUAUGCCCAGAUCUUAAUUUCUCGGAUUUAUCCUCAUAUGAUGAAGAAUUAGAAGUAUCACUUGAUCUGGAGCUUGAGCUUCAGGGAGCGAGCUAACGGGCUCCCCAACUCCAGAAGCUCAGCUAACGGCCUCGCCGACCCUGAAGCUGAGCUAACGGCCUCCCCGGACGCCGAAGCUUGGCUGACAGCCUUCGCAGACCCUGAAGCUGGGCUCGCCGCCCGCCGCCAGAGCUUGCUCAUCAGACUCCGCGUUAUUUCCGUCCGAAGAACCAUCUGCGGCUGCCGGCCCGGAGUUCCGGCGGUCUUUGUUUACGCACUUAUGUUGCACGUAGGCAUGCGAGUAGUCAGACUCCGUCGAACCAUCCAAAUAUUCCACAUUAUUUACAGCCACAGGUUCAAAUCUGUAUGGAAGUAUUCCUCCGACUUCCUGAUUAUUCGAUACUGCCAUUUCUUCAUCAGAUGAGAAUAAAUCUGAGAAAUCAGCGUAAACGGUGUCCCAUGUAAUCGAGCGUUUGGAACGGCACGUAACACGUCACAUCGGCCCGUGUAGGUCAUGUGACUCAGCGCCCCUGAAAAUUUGUAAUUGUGGAUAAAAAUCUUCUCAAAACACUAUUAAAUGAGAGAGGAUUUAACAUCACAUUGUCAAGAUAGAGUACAUAUUACAUGAUCUAUUGUAUACAUUGUUUUAAUUUUUAAGUACAUUUUCAACAAUUUUAAUUCUCUACCCUCACCGUUUUCUGAGCAAAUCAGGAAGGAAAAAAAUCACUGUCAGCACAGGAUAAUCACCUAGGAUCAUCUUUUCAAUAUAUCUGUUCAGCUGGCCUUUGCUGGUUUAAUGGGAAAGAAAAGAAAAUACUUAAAUUUGGGCCACUUGUCGGUAUGCGCGUACCCCGCUUUAAACAUUUCCAAUUACCGUAAUUUCCAGCCUUAAAGCUGUGACUUUUUUCACACUCUUUCAACGGUGCGGUUUAUGCGGUGGUGUGGCGCUAGCGUUAGCUUUAGCGCACCUGGUUAUAACCUCUAGCGCGCGGCACUAGCGUAAAAUUCUUGCUGUGUACCGAGGCUUAUUAACCAGGUGUGCUCUGUAGGCCGGGAAUUAUGGUAGUGGCCCUUAGCGAUUUCCGCAUGGAUCGGGUCGAAAAAAAAGACUCAAUUCGCACCACAAUAUGAUCCCUGAGGCUAAUCUGACACAUCUGAUAAUCGGGCCUUUGCUGACUUUGAUCCUAAUUGGUGAAAAUAUUCACGUUUGGCCCAAUUGUCAGAACGCGUGUACCCCGCUUUAGCCAUUUGGACCACCGUCAGUGCGGCCAAACCGGGAUGGAAAUAUCAGGGAAUAAACCAGCACGGGGGGCCGACUUCAAGGAAGCGACGCAACGUGGCUACGGGAAAGAGAACGUCAAGGAUCGUGCGUCUCAUGUCAACAAAUCUCAGGCAAAGUUGAUUUGGAAAAGCGCCAUGAAGGAAUUUGAUCUGGGCAAUAAUUAUUAUGUUAUCAGGAAGUAGAAAUCCAUGAGUCUUGUACAGAAUUUCUCUAGCUACCAGGAUUGCUAAUCGUAUGUAACAUUCAUGUAAUAUAGCUUGUGUUUUUCAGGCUUAUAUGACGCUUCCUGUUGAUUGAUGCCAUAUUUUUUUGAGUGAAUGUCUUUUCUUCAACGUAUAUUGUAUUUUAUUUUUUUCAUUUGCGAUGGCACGCCUUUCUUACAGAGCCUGUAAGUCUUUAAUAAAAACGCCUCACUAUGCUGUC